GAGCUGUCACUCCCGUCUCAGAUCCUAUUGGUCCAUCUCAUCCCCACGGCGUGUGUUCAUUGGCUGCACUGGACUGUCGAUCAUAAUGCGGUAGUAUGCGCCCGGGGUUUCUCAAAGCGAAAGUCACUGGGGCUCCAAGAGGCUGCGGGAUGGUGAUUUUACUCGCAAACGAAAACAUCAACUCCACCGCCUCAGAGGCGAAGGUAUACUCGUUAAGUCAAGCAUUCUCCUGGAUUGUCCGAUGGACCUGGAAAAAACUGCCAAAUCCAUUCCUUGUUGGAAUAGCAGCAAUUUUGUUAAGUUCGUUGUUUGUCAGAACACCUUACAAAUGGGUAGGAUAUCUCCUAAAAUGGCCAUUAAGGAUAAGAAACAGAAAAAACAGUUCUGUUGGUCCGUCAACAGAUCUCUUAGAAUAUGCAAGCAUCGAAUGGAAGGGAGGUACCAAGCAAGCUGAGAAGAUGAAAAAGGCUUAUGAAGAUAUUUAUUUGGUGCACCACAUUAAACACGUCCGAAGAAUCAGAGGAGAUAACUACUGUGCACUGAGGGCAGUAUUGUUUCAGGUUUUCAGCCACGGUAUUCCUCCUCCAACGUGGAUGAGGGAACAGAACAUAACCAAGUUCCCAGAAAAGAUAUUUACACAUGGCUGUAACUGGAUACAACAAUACAGCUUUGGUCCUGAGAGAUACACUGGGAACAAUGUUUUCAGAAAACUGCGCAAGUACCUGGAAGUUUUGGAAAGCCAGUGGAAUAAAUUUCACGGAAUUAAAGACCAGGAGAAAAGAACCAAAUUGUGUCUGGAGUUAUUUAGUGAGCAAGAAACUGAGUACAAGAUGUAUGAAGCCGUAAAAUUUCUUAUGUUGUAUACAGUAUUUGGGCUUCAUGAGGGCAUAAGAGAUGGAGAAGUUGUUCCUAGCUUUUGUGCCCUUUUCUUUGCCCGAGAUUCCUCACCCGAUCCUCUGAGUUUUAUGAUGAACCAUCUGAACCACGUUGGUGACACAGGUGGACUGGAGCAGGUUGAAAUGUUUCUCCUUGGAUUUACAUUUAAAUUGAGGAUCAGAAGCUUCAGACUCUAUAAACAUGGUACUGAGGAAUUUAUAUCGAGUUAUCCUGAAGACUGCCACAGGGAUUGGCCUGAAAUUUUUGUUCUGACUGAAGAUGACAGGCACUACAACGUUCCUGUUGUAUGCAGCUGAUUGACAUUAUCGCAAUUCUAUGGAAAUAUUGGCUAAAGUUUAAAUCUGCGUAGUGUUUGUAUUGUUACAUGCAACCAAAUCUGUUUUUUUUUAUUAUAAAUUUGUGGUGCAGGUGCCUUGCAUUUCCAACAUUCCUAAAAGUUUCCCGCAACGUGCAAAUUUUAAUCUAAACAUUGGGAAACAUUUGAAAUCAGUAAACAAAAACCCCAAAAGAGUAUCAUCCAACAAAAUGGAGUAAUUAAUAUUACAGAUUUUUCUCUCCUUUUUGGGCCGUUGGCUCAUCGCUUCCAUUUCGGAUGCAGCACUCCAACAUUUGAGUACUGUGAAUUUAAGUCAUGUGCUCACUGUUAUCCUGAUGAACUUUGACUGGACAGUCAGUCUGCAAGGAAUGUUUUUUUCAGUGGAGUGAGUUUUGUCAAGGACACACACGACAAAGAAGGACAAAUUAUGGAAUACACAUUGUCCCUAUUCUGUUGUUUCUGCUCGCCCAAAAACUCAUCGCAUUUCACCACGUUUUGAUGUACUUGCGACAAACAAAUGAAUCUGAAGCAGAGCCGAGCACAAAUGAUGGUGUGUAUAGGCUCAACUUCUACACUCUAUCCCUGUUUAAAUUUAAUAUUAGUGCUCAUCCUCUUGUUUAUAUAAAAAAAAGUACCAUUGCCCUAAAAGAUCUAUUCAGUGUACCAAGGGCAACUGAAGGGCUGGCUAAGACUUCGAUAAAACAAACCAUUGUGAAGAAGAUGUUUCGACAGGAGAUGGUGAAUCAUUUCUAUUCCAGCAGAAUUUGGGAUGCUAGUACAGUAAAAUGCAAUAGGAGCUGGAAAGAAAGAACUAUUAUUUUGCUUGUUCUCUCUCUCUCCUCUCUCUCUUCUCUCUCCCCCCCCCACCUCCCCAAAAUAAUGAUCUGUACAUUAUGGCAGUGUGUGAGUAAGUAUGACAUUAAAGGGCUCUAAGGCAGCUGAGGUCCAUGGGGAACGGGGAACUCGGGUUACUAGAAACAUAAUUAGAACAAAGGGACAUAAUUUGGGUUGUUGGAGGUUAUUCAUCCUAGUUUCCUGAAAUCACUAUAAUGGGGUAGUGAUCUCCACCCAAUAUUCUAAUCUACUUCCCUUUGUUGCAAGUUCAUAAAUUUAAUAUUACUGCUCUUUCCCUCAUUUGAAAAAAAUGCACCAAUGAUAAUAUGUCAUUAAGCUUCAUUCAUGUUUUAUCAGAUAGUGAAGCAUUCUUUGUGCAUAUGCCGUGUGACCUGGGUAAAUCCAGGCUCGGAUUCCUCAGUGGCACGUAGCAUUGGUGCUACACAAGUGCUGGGCAUUAAACAUCUUCAGAGGGGAGCCUUUACACUUUCCCUUUCACAACCAAUAGCAUUAUCAUUGACUAACUCCCAUCCCACCCAGUUCACUGGACCAAUCAUUACCAAUAUUGUAAAUACAGGGGUGAGGUAUAGGUUUCUUAUACCUGUAAAAUACUCCGUGCUUAUUGUUAGCACUUAUUAUUUUAAUGUCAAGUCAGGGAGAGCUCUUUAGCCACCUUGAUUUUAAUGCUCUUGUAUCUUCAAAUCUCAGAAUUAAAAUUAUUAAGUCGACAUUUGAAAGUUGUAACAAAUGAUUUACAAAUGCGAAUUCUUUUUGAUGCUAACAGAUGGUGCAUUUGUUACCGUUUCUGAUCCUUUUCAUCCUGUCCUCCUCCUCCUCCUCCUCCCCUGCAGUCUAUAAAGACUUCAGCAGAAGUAUGCUUAACAUUUAAUUUUGGCCUGUAUUUUUGUAAUUCUGUAAUUAACUGAUAUUGAUACAGCACAUUACAUGGCUUUAACAGGAUUGCUUUGCUUGUCUGUAGCACAGUCUUUUCAGUUUUAUGUUUGGUUUAUAGGUGCGUGUUAUGUUCACAGCGGUUAAAAUAAUUUAUACAGUAAAUGAGAAUUAAAAGUAGUGAAGUUGAAUACUCGCAGUAAGUUAAAAGAUUAUGAACAAAUGAACAGCAAAGUCACUUUAAAGUAAUUAGAUGCGUCAUUACGCUUAUUUUUUAUUAAGCCUCCUGUAUCGGUCGUAGAAAAAAUGCAUUUUUCAUCUGGUGACAAUUGCCAAACAAACAGUAGUUUUAAUUUGCUUUAUUUUUGAUAAAUUGGGAAAGGUUAUAUAUUCCAUUCUAAUUAGCAAUCUUAAUUAUUUUCGUACUGCAAAAUAAAACAGCACCUAUAUAACAUAUUGUGGAAUUCUUUAUUCCAAAUAUUUGAAAUGGGGACUUUAAAAGACUUCGUUUAAAAAUUUGUUAAACUGUAUUGAAGUGUGCAUGUAUAUGUAUGUGUGUAUGUGUAUAUAUUUUAUAUAGUACACCACACCGUAUUUCCCAAGCUGCUUUUGACAAAAGACGACUUUUGUGACAGCCAUUUGUAGUGACUAAUGUCACCAAGCUUUGGGCACUAAACAGAUCCAAAUUCUGUGAUUGUUUUAUGAAUGUGGAUUUUAAAUUGUAUUCAGUUUUUAUAAAAGGCUCAAGCUGAAACAAUCAUUUGUGGAAUUAAUGCUAAAAUUGGUUAUGUACGUGAUUUUAUGGUGAUUUUUAUAAAGUUCUUG